AUGAACUCAGAAUCGCAGGAAACUUCAAGAGUGUCUGCUACAAGCGCCGGAUUCAAUCUUGCGACAGCUCUUCUCAACCUUGCUAAUCCCGCAGGGGCGGUUGUGGGAUAUACACGAGAUCUACUGAGAUGGCUUGAACGCUCUGGCGUAGAUGAGGCCAAUUUCGAGCGUUGUAUGACUGCGGCUCGAAGCCUCGCCUAUCCAAACAAAAAUGGAAUGAUACUUUCUGGCAGUGUUGCUCAUGCCGAUGAACGACUGCAAAGGUUGCAGAAGAGGCAAUUGCCACUAGCGUUGACCUUUUCUCAAGCGCUUGGCCGAUACAUUGUUAAGGAGCCCGAGAUCUGUUAUAUGGCUUCCACGACAGCCUGUCUUCUCGCACACCACGACCUGCCUUAUACCAUGUCAGCACUUACUUCGAUGGUACUUGAUAAAGGUGGACACCAAACAGAGACCAAGUACAGUUACGAGGUCUGGAGGGCUCCAAUCAGGGCCGUCAUUUCAAAAGUGGUCGAAAGCAUCUUUCUCAAUAUCUCAAAUGUUGGACAUCAAACAGGAAACCUUCCUCCAGAAUUGGCAAAUCUCCAUGUCCAUCCCGUGGAUGAUACCAAUUUUGCUGCGAUUGUGAUGCAGACACAGAGGGCGUCCAAUGAUCUAGUACUGCGCGCCGACAGGUUUCCUGGUGACGUUGUUCUGUGGCUGCUCAACCACUUUGAGGGGUACCUCGAAGUGUAUGUGAAGUCUGCAAAGAUUUACGAAGCUAAGCUUGGCGCUCAUACCAGAAAAAUCAUCACCAUUAUCCAGGAGACCUGCACUAAUGAUCAUAGAGCCUGUAACAGCCGAGCAUGGCCGGUGGUGCUCGCUGAGAUUGUUGAUGGCGAGCCUUGCCGCUUGGUUGGGGGAUCAUCAUCUGAGCAUCUGAAGCCCCGUUCGUACCAAAGACAAAAGCUCUACACGACCGAGAACUUCAUGAGCACUACACACAGCUCGUACAAGGUACAUCUUGGCAAAGAAGAGCGGAAUGAUAUAAAACACGCGGCGAGGCGUAUUACAAAAUGGCUGAUGCAUGUUCCUAUCAACGUAAAAGAUUGGCCCCAACAUGCCGGGUUUUGCUUCAAAUCUGAGCUUGAGUUGGAUGAAGAUCGGGAUCGCUCGCGCGAUCAUAAGAUUGCGCAACUCCUCUUUAGGUCACCUCGUCUUUUACAAGAGAAAACUGGGGAAUCAGGGAGCUCAGCUCCGCCUUUUAGAAGACCUCUUUGGCAGGGCUCGCCAAUGAGCUCGCAGAACACUGACCCAGAGCAGUGGGGGUCCAACGCCACUCCAGAAGAGGUUUUGAAAAACUUUCCCAGCGCCGAAGAAAUGUUAGAGACAGUGCAGAAAUCUUGUCAAUGUCCAAAUUGCCGAUCCGAAGGGAGUCUUUCUGGCAGCAAAAGGGGCUGCUUGCGCUACUCCGCUGUGCUGGAACUCGGCAUCCUCGUCUCGCAUGCCGUAGCUGAUGCUCUCGGAGCGGAUGAUGUUUCCGGAGCUCUGGACCCGGAAGACGCGAGGGCGGGGGUCAUAACGCUGCUCUCGGAGAUUAUAGAUCAAGAAAUCGUUCGAUGGGACACUUGGUUUAAAGUAGCAGCCUGUGCGGUCACUGGCUGCUCAUGGGGCUCAUAUGCCGAUGCCCCCGAAGACUCAGGACAUAUAAGCAGACCCUCCUGGGUUGGGGUGCAAUAUGGGAGUCUUGCCGUCUUAGCGCCGUGGUUAGAUUUCCGUGCGCCCCUUGACAUCGCGGGAUCCUUCAGAAUCCAUAUUUAUGAAGGCAUUAUCCAGGGCAUCAAAGACGACAUAGCAUUGAUUCAAACCGAGCGAGCAUCUGCGGCCCAAUACGACCACUUUGACCGGAUGGAUGUAGUCUCAAAUUCAUCCGAGAAGCUUGCCGAAACAGAUGACACACCCCUCGAGGUCCAAAAAGCCUUAUUUCGCGCCGAAAAAUCCCUACAUAGACUGUUGGUCAUCGUUAAAGUCAACAAUCAUCUUCGCCUUGUGGAUCCGACUCAAUCAAUGAUGAAUCUUUCAAGGAGCCAUCAACCUCUCUGCACCCACAGUCGGUCAAGUCAAAAGCCUGAGCAGCUCGAGGAAACGCUGGGGCCAAACCUGAACAUCAACGCCUGCACGUUCGAAGAUAUCUUCACUCAAUGGGUAGACAAUCCCAGCAAUGGCUCCAGAACCGAUUAUAGUACAAGCUUGAAUACGUCUCUUGUUUUUGAUGACACGAGAAAGGUGCAUAUAUCGCUUGCGCUCUCAGGCGGCGGCGUAGUCCUCCGCAAUUCGUGGAGAUGCUGCUUACCAUGUGCUUUGAAAAUUUGCGUUGACUCUAACGCAGAGGCCGAUGGUCUCCGCUCUAUACUUAGCUUUGAUGGCUUGCCACGGGGGCAAUUUGAAAGACUGGCAAACACCCCAGUCAAACAAUCGUUGAGCAGAACUCUGCCCUGA